AAAAUAGUUCUCUACGCAACCGCUAGGGCUUAGAGUCUGAUCACUAUUGUGCUUCUGUGGUAUCUUCUGAGCUGUUCCAUGGUCUUUAAAGUGCGUUUUGCAUCGUAGAAACAAACCUGUAGCAUCGAAAGUGUGUUAACGACAGAACCACGGAGAACAGCAACCUGCAACAUCAGAUAUGUUGGAAGUUACUGUAAAGACGCUGGACUCGCAAAACCGCAACUUUUCUGUGCCCGAUGAUAUAACCGUGAAGAGCUUCAAGGAGAAGAUUGCAGCUUCAGUGAACAUUCCUGCCCAUAAGCAACGUCUCAUCUUUUGUGGGCGAGUGCUUCAAGAUGACAAGAAGCUCAAUGAAUAUGAUGUCAAUGGGAAGGUGAUCCACUUAGUGCAGCGUCCACCUCCCCAUCCUGGAGGCCCUUCUGGAUCAGGGGGAUCCACGUCCACAACUCGUACGACUGGCCCACCACCAGGGGGUCCCGCAGGAGGUGGUGGUGCAGCUCCAACUGGUGGCAUACUGCAUAGCCCCCGAGAGGGCAGCAGUUUCCUUUUGGGAGCAUUCACGAUACCGCAGGACAUGAUAGAUCCUGCUCAGGUCCAGCAAAUUGUCCAAGAGGUGGUCUCAGGUAUGGGAGAAAUUGGAAGGAAUGCUACUGUGAUGUCUCGAACGUCGGAAGAUGGCUCCUCCGUCGAUGUGCACAUCAACCUGGGUCAAGUUCCAUUGCAAAGUGAAGUACAGCAGCGGAUCAACCAAGCGCAGACUAUGCUGCGCAAAGCUUCAAAUUUAGUCACUAGACUGGAGAAUCGUAGCCAAAACUCUAGCCCUUCUGCUGAGCAGGGCGAAGCAGAUACAGAUGUGGAAAUGCCUCUGGCUCCAGAUUCAGACAUCACCACCACAGUUGGCAACGAUGCGAACACCGCUAGUGGGCCAUCUUCUUCAGCAGGACGCCUAGGUGAGAGCAUAGUCAAUGCAGCGAGAGCGGCUGCCGCCGCGGCUGCGGUGGUUGCAGCGAGGGUGUCCGCCAGUUCUCUUUUAAGUCCUUUGGUGUCCGGCGGGGAGGCUAGAACCGAAGCACAACUCGGGCAACAGGAGCAGCCUGCCUCCGGGGAAAGGUCGCAGCCCGAGCCUCCCACCUCUGACAUGGGUGUCAGUUCGAGUGCAGACACAGCCACCAAUGCCACAUCAACCACUUCGGCCAGUGGAAGGAGGCGCCGGGAUGCCAUGGGGACACCAGUUACGGCCCUGGUGCCCAUCUUGGAGGAGAUUCAGAGCCUGAACACUCGUCUUGCACCUUUCCUGGAACAGUACCAGCAGCUGCUGGGUGGAGAAGCAACUGGUGAAAAUCACAACGCCUCAGAUACCCAGGGGCAGUGGAACAACCUGUGCCGUGCCAUGCACUGUCUCAGUCAUGCUUAUCAUUCCGUCAGUGACCUUCACAUAAAUAACACUACACAACCACCAACCCUACGUGCACGUGUUGCUACCGGAGCUGGGGGUCUGCUUCAUGCUGGGUUGCCUGUGUCGGGCCAGAUCAGCGUGGAAACCGUGAGAGCACAGACCGGAGAGUCUGUAUUUUUCUCACGACCAACCACAACGUCGUCUGUUCCCUCUGCUCCAGCGGGCAUGGCAGCACCCGGUUCAGCGCAGGCUUCAGCACAGGAAAAUGUGAGCCAGUCUCAGCGAGGAAAUGGACCAAACGGAACAUCACCAGCACUGUUGACUGCACAGAGCCCCGUUGUUUUCAUGGAACUGGGUCCCGGCUCCAUCACCAUUGACAGCAUCACCACAGGUGUCAUCAGCGAUGCACCUCCUCAGGAAUCGAGUGCUGACGACUCCUCUGUUAGCUCUACGGGACCGGCAGGUGCACAGCCAGCAUCAACAUCUGUUCGUACUACUACUGGAGCUGCAACAGUAACCACGUCCUCGGGAACAACUGGAACACGCACGUCACCAAGCUCCAUGCCAUUGCGGGGCUCCACACUAGCAUUCCCAGCUGCUCUGGGAUCACUGGCAAACCAGGCAGGACUGGGUUUCGAUCCAUGUCUGCCGUGCAACUCUUACUGGGCUUACAUGGAGCAGGGAAUUGCCAACCUAGGUCCCCUCGGGAUGCAAAGCAGGGGCAGCAGUAGAAAUGGCGGCUCAUCAGCUAGGGCACGGACAGCAACACAGAGUGCUACUCUGUCAGGUGCAUCUACCACGACUGCAGCACAGGGUCCAGAUGAACACCUCCACCAAGUUCUAAAUGGGCUCAUGUCAGCUCUCUUUCAACAGCCUCUAGUGCAGGGGACAGGACCAGGACAGCGCAGCACUGCCCCUCCACCCUCUGGGGAGCCUAAUCGCGGGUGGGUGGCCAGCUCGGGACCUAGUGGCACACGCCCCCUUCUGGAUGCAUUGCGAAACCAGAUGAGGCAGUAUCAGGCAGGGCAGUCGGCGGCCCGGGGAGCCAGGACCAACGGGGAGGCUCCUACUCGACAAGAGGCCAGCACUACGUCCUCUCAGGGUGCUGCCAGGCCUCAAGGACUGUCUUCCACUCUGCCUCCUUCGGCUGGUGCUGCCACAGCAUCUCAGAACACUGCUGAUUCGGCUGCUGACAGCAGUUCUUCAGCUCGAGGCGAAACAGCACAAGACACUGUUCGCAGCUUACUACGUACUUUUCUCAUGGAAUAUGCUUCUAGUCAUAAUCUUCUGGGCCGUGAAAGAGCUCUAGCAGAAUUUGUGAACACCCACAUCGUUGCUCCAAACGUACUUGGUGACGAUUUCUUGAACCGGGUGCUAACGCGUGUGUCACAGGAGAUCUCGACAGAAUCGCUGCUUUCUGUUGUUUCUGGAGUGGAGAGCCACCUUGACACCCUUCGACGUCCCCUGCAGGAGGUUAUCCUGCAGUAUCUUGGCAGACCAUUGGAUUCACAUCCCACCCUUGCACGCCAGGCAAUUGUGAAAGAUUUGCUGGAGAACUGGGGUGGAAGCAUAUCAUCGCACAUGGAGGAAAGGACAAGACCACUGCCCGGAAUUAAUAUAAGAGAAACCAUAAAACGGUUUCUCAGUAGCAACCUGAUGCUCAUCUUCGGCUACAUCUUAACUGCUAACAAAAACGAUGGUUUUGGACGUGGUCUCGUCGCACAGUUGAAGGAAUCGCUGACAGAGUUGAUGGCGUUGCUGUGCGUGUGCUUUGCAAACCCUGUCAACGGCUUUGAUUGGAUCAUCCAGAGAUUGGGAAGCAUGGAGAAUUGGAUGGACUCAAACAGCGACCUCCACCUCCUGCGUCACUUGGGUCGCCAGGCAGCUAGUAAUGUCGCACCGCGGCUUCUGGAAGAGGUCAAGUCUGUCUACGUGGUGAGAAAUGACGAGGGACGUCGAGAAUCUGCGGAUCUGCCGUCUGCGACGAGAAGGCCAUGCAGCGGAGGAGGAGCAGCGCCUAAUCAGGAGCUCGAUAUGGAUGUGGAUGCUGUCCACACUGCACCGUCGAGCGUUCCAAUCAGCAGAACAGAAGUUCCGUCUGCUUCCAUGGAGCCCCUGCCCGAAGUAAUCAUUGGGUCGGAGCCUUGGCACGCUUCGCUACCCUCGGAAUGGGUCCCCAUCAUAACGCGCGACAUUCAGCGACAAAGACGUCAGGCCCCUCAGCCACCCUUCAGUGACGCCUACCUGUGCGGAAUGCCUUCUAAACGGAGGAAGAUGAUGAAGAACGGCAACUCUGAGGGUAAUGCACAAGCUGCGCUACCCCAGCUCCUCCUGGGGGCCAUACAGCGUGCCGGCGUGCGGCCGAUUCGAGGGAGCGCAGAGUCUGUCACUCAAGAGGCAGCGAGAGAUGCUGCCGUACAGCACGCGUACACCCUCCAGCUCAGACAGGCCGUGCGGUCGCGGCUAGCCGGAGAUGCGGACUUCAGACCGGAGCAGUUCCCGAACGCCCACAGAUUUUUCUUUAGCACAGAGCCGUGAAGACUGCAAGACCUCCGCAAAUUCCGGGUCAUUUUAUUACGUCACGCUAAAUGAAGAAGACAGCAACGUAACUGCUUCUUAGAACUUUUUUCGUUUUUGUAAAAUGAGGUUGCCAUUUGAGAGGAGAGAUAUACUGCUGGGAGCUACACAGUGUUGUCAUCACUGCAUCUAAGCAUGCAAGGUGCUGAGAAGCGUGAAAGCUCGUUAUUUUUGAGUACUCUUAAAGCACUCCCUAUAUUACUGAAGCAUGCUGGAAGGAGUUGACCAUUGCUGCAUGAAACAUGCAUUCUGAUUGCCUGUGAGGAAUGGGAUACAUAACCGUUCCUUUGUAUCUGACAAAGACGUGUCAGAUAAAUAAUACUUACAAACCUAAGCAUAUUUAUCUUGCAGCAUGUAGGUACUUUGCCAAUUUAAAGUGACCAACUUCCUUGUAAAUAUUAUUUUAUUCUGAACAGGCAAGAAAGCAAAGGAUCGUGCGGCACAUGCCUCAAACACAAAAGCUUACAUUUGGCAUCUGCCAAGCGUUUCACCUUUUCUCUGUAACCAUGUCGGCAGAAAACCCUAUGCUUUGUACAUUAGCAGAAUUCUAGCAAGAAGAGGACUGCAGUGUGUCUCUGCACCUUUGCACUGUUACCAUGUGCAUGUUCGAUGCUUCGAUGUUUAUUAAAUAAAGUGUGUUCCUUUUA